UAUAAGCAGUCUCUCGGCUAGUUGGAGGUUAGUUGCACGUAAGGGUUUGUGUCGUUAUUGGCAUCUCGAAGCGCAUCUUUACAAGAGCAGCAAAUUCGCAUUAGUAUUUCUCACAUUAGUAUUUCUGCUCGCGAAGAACGUGCAUUUGAAAAGAAAAAGUUACAAAAGUGCUGGUCCACAUGACUGUAUAAUAUUAACAUAUACUUACAUCAAGAUUUUUUUGCACUAGUUAGAAGUGAAGUGCUCAAAUGUUGCAUGGAUCAUUUUUUAUGCACUAUGAUUCUGCUGCGGAAGUUUCCUCACAUCAAAACUUGUUGCCAGAGCAACGACAGCGGGAAACAAUGAUCAUCGAUGUGGUCCCCCCGUAUUAUCAAUUCAGUCGACUGCAUAUUUCUUCACCCACGAAUGUGUCGAGUACCACCGAGAAUGGUGAGUCCAGCAAUGGCAUUCGCAGCGACAGUCCCAACGAAAUGUCGCCGACCCAUCAUCAUCAGCAACACGAAUCACAGCAGCGGCAACAACAACCACCACCACUACCACCGCCGCCGCCACCGCAAACAUCGUCGUCGCAACAGCAACAAAACGACCAGCAACCGCAAUCGCAACAACCACUGAUGGAUCCUAACAUCAGAAGAUAUAGGACCGCCUUCACGAGGGAACAAUUGGCGCGAUUAGAGAAAGAGUUUCAGAAAGAAAGUUACGUCAGUAGACCGCGAAGAUGCGAGUUGUCUACGAUACUGGGACUUCCAGAAUCCACGAUCAAAGUCUGGUUCCAAAAUCGCCGUAUGAAAGACAAGAGGCAGCGCAUGGCCUUGGCUUGGCCGUACACGAUGUAUACAGACCCGGCAAUCGCCGCGACGUUACUCGCAGCCGCGUCGCUGCCGCCCGUGUCUUACCACGGCGCCCCAAGUUUGCCGACGGCGGCACACCUACCGCCGUCGCAGAUGGUGCAUCCGGUUGCCGCGGCCGCCGCGGCUGCUUCGUACUAUGCUUCGCGGUACGCGCCAUAUCCAGUGCCCGUCACCAACGCAUCCGCCCUGCACAGGCCGCACCCGCGCAUCAUCGGUGACUUUUCCGGUCACCCACCGCUACUGCAUCCUCACGCUCAUCUCGCACCUGGUUCGCUUCACAACGGGCUGGGUUUGCCGACGAUCAGCAAUCCGCCGGCUUUCCUCGUUAACAGUCCGCCGUCAUCUGCCGCCACCACGACGUAUCGGCAUACGACGCUACGAGAACUCAGCCCGGCCAACUCGGACGCAUCCAGUGACUGCGACUACGUCGGCGGCCAGCAACAGCAUCGGGGAUCCCAAUCUUGUGGCAUCAGCGCGCUUCCGGUGCAACAGCAGCAGCAGCAGCAGCAGCAGAUAGACACACGGGACGAGGAAGUCGAGUCGAUGAGACUCCCGGUCGCUCAGAGUCUAGCCGAGGCGCCGUUGCCAAGCACCUUUGAGAAAAGAACCAAUGUGUAUAACAGCACUCCAGAUUCCUCGUCGGUCUCGCUCGCAACAACGACGCAAACGACCAAGCUCGAGCCACCGAAAUUAUUUCAACCUUAUAAGAACGAUAUAACCGAGCGAGUGUGAAGCCCUGAACUAUGGCGACGCGAUUAGCCGGUGUUGUUUACGCCUUAACACUUGCCCGCUAGGAUUUUCUGCGAUUUUCAACUUCACACGUGCUUGUGAACAGACGAAUUAAUUAUAUAAAAUCGUUGUUGUGUCCUCAGCGAUAUUCAACGCGGUGCUACAACAUGUGCGACACUGUGUACUCUGUUUGCAUGCAAACAAUAAUAUAACAGUCUCACAAGAGACGUUACAACGUAUCCUUUACACGAAAAAGAGGAGUUAUCUGCGGCAGCAAGAAUCUCUGUGUGUGCGUGUGGCAGUUACAUUUCAUUGUAACAUAUGGAUACCUAAAAGUAUAGCUGCCAGUAGAUAUAUAUUUGUCUAUGAAACAGUUUAUGGUGCAGUAAUAACUGUAGCAUGAGUUUAUGUUACAGCAGAAAAUUUUUCAUUACUGCAACAAGUACAUUUUCAGCAAACUAUAAUUAGCUGCUGCAGUGAAUUCUCUUUUCUCUGUGUAUAAAAACGAGAAUGCUUUCUCGAAUGUAAAUUAUUGUAAUUUUUAAAUAAAUCAUUUUUAUCAUAAUAUAUGGAUACGUAAAAAAAA